GUUUUUCUGGGCAGGAACGUUUGCUCUAUGCUUUUAUGCUAAGAAACGCUGAUGUGGGCAGAACUUGGGGACUGGCCAAAUAAACUUACGUAACCACGCUGGCCUUUCUGACUAAGCAAAGGAACCUUUGAGCAUUUAUAGGCAUUUAAAUGAAGAGCUAGAAGCUAACGCAUUUUAAACUGAGUAAGUUUGGUUCGUGUUUUUAAUUUUUGCGUUCAAGCAGCUGUAGUUAUACAGAGACAUGUUGGUGCUGAGUAAGACGGAGCUAAAGAAAGCAGAGGAAGCGCUCAGGCUCUACUUUCCUCAUUCACAACAGGUGUAUGGAUAUGUGUUCAUGAUAAAUCGAGUAGAAGCUGACCCCACAGAUGUUCUAGUGGACCAGUGGCCAGACUUUAGUGUAAUUCUUGUCAAACCAAAACAACAGCAGAAAGCAGACUAUUUCAAAGGCUUGUGCAUUUUUACUAAGGACGAAACAUCUCUCAGGAACUUUCUAGGAGGGACAGACAUUCUGGACUGGAAGCAAUAUCUCUGCAUAAGUGUUGACCUAUGCCAUGAGGAGUUAAUAAAAGCUGUGGCAGCAUACAGAGGAAUGUCGGAAGACAAAAAAGCUGCGUGCCACAUGAUGAGACUGCAGGAUUCUUCUACCCUUUCAAAUGACAGGUUUUCUGUAAAGGUGUCAUCACUCAAUGAGUCUCACAUUGCUCUUGUCAAUAACACUUGGAAGUUUGGCAGUGAUGAAUUUAGUGAACAAAUGGUCAGAAACAUGAUUCUGAAUUUUCCCUCUUGCUGCGUGUUGGAUUCAGUGGGUCAGCCAGUUUCAUGGAUAUUGACCUAUGCAUCCUGUGCAAUGGGCAUGCUGUACACACUGCCAGAGCACAGAGGGAAAGGCUAUGCUAAAGCCCUGAUCACCAUACUGGCAAAGAAACUUCAUGCUGAUGGCUACCCAGUAUACUGCUUCAUUGAGGAGGAGAACCAGCUAUCUUACAGACUUUUUACCAGCCUGGGUUUUACAGAGGAUCCGUCUUAUAGGACUGCUUGGUUUGAAUUUAACUAAACAUGUCCAUGAUGACUUUGUGAAAUAGACUGAUAUCUGGACCUAAAUCUCUAGUUUCAGUUGAUGUCUUCAUUGUGUUUCAUGGUAUAUGUAAUGCCUUGGACUUUUUGUACCUUUUCCCUGAUACCUUUCAACAAUAAGUUCUUUUAGAUGCUUCAUAAGCUUUUUGUGGACCAUGGCUUUUGCUGUAUAAUGUAAUUAAGUAAAUGUCAGGAAAAAAAGGUGAGCUUAACUUUAUAUGGGAUAAUCAGAGUCACAUUUAAAAAAAAUAUUUUUUUAAAUUCUCUUUUUAUAAAGACAUUACAGGCAAAACAAUAGUUUUUUCAAUACAAUGCCGUUUAUUUUCUUUUUUUUUUCCUAAGAACAUUAAACUAUGUACAUUCAGGGAAUACGUUGCACUCUAGACAAUAGCACAACAUAAAUAAAUAAGUAAAUACAAUCUAACAUAAACAGUCGUACAUUUGAAUUCCAUGGUGAUCAAAAUAAUAAACCUCUCAGUUGCUACCUUCUAUACCCAUUCUUGAAUCAGUCACUUUAAUUGAUGACAGGUGUUUACUGUCUUCAAAUUGACAUGAGUUUGAAUGUGGUUGAUUAAUUAUGAACAGACACAUUUCCAAUUACUUUUAUUUUCCUUCUAAACGAUUUCAGAAUGUUUUUCAAUUAAAUUGCACAGAUUACAUGUCACAC